AUGGCAAAUCAAUUAAGGUCUGCAUUCCAAAAUAAUUCAAUUAGUUCUCUUUCUUCAUCUACUGGAGAUAACCGUGCUCAUUAUUAUUCAACAGAACACAACGACAAUAUAAGUCUGGUAUCACCAUCAAAUAGUACUGCAAUUACUGCAAAUUCAACUAAAACUGAAACACAUUGUAUGUCUAAUAAUGGUCGUCGUGUUCAAAAGUGUUAUAAAUUAUUAACUGAUGGUAAUGUUCAAGUGUGUCGUGUACAUCGUGCCAAAAAUAGUAUAGAAAAAAUACAUUGUUUUCGUCGUUGGGAAAGUCAUCAUAUCAAUCUUGAUCAAAGUGAAAUAACUGCAACAACGAAUGAAAAAUAUAUGGAUAAGUCGAUAGCUUAUUCGGUCAUUGAAGAUAUAUCUGUGUGGCCGAAAUCCAAAACAAUUUAUUGGCAUCGUCAAUUUUGUAUAAGAAUUGUUACAAAUCAACAUAUUUAUUUUUUUCAAGUUAAUACACUUGAUUUAAGAAAUCAAUUAUUCUAUUCAAUGCAAUGGAAACUAAAUAAAUUAAAAUUUGAAUAUAUUUUACGUUCAGCUGACAAUCCAGAAGUACUGUUAAAAGAAAUUACAAAUAUGAUCGAUUUUACAAUGACAACACCAAUUGAAGAUGUUGAAGUUCAUCAUUUUCCACUUGAAAUUGUUUCGGAUAUUCUACAACAACAAGAAUUUGAUUCAUCACAUUUUGUCCAUGAGAAUGUGAUCGAAGCAUUAGCACCAUUACUUGAAAAAAAUUAUCCGUCACCAGAAAUGUGUGAUUUCUUCAGUCGACAUUGUCGUGAUAGUCCACGCUCACAAAUUGUAAUUGAAAUGUUUACACCGACUGUUCAGAAAAUUUUAAAACAUAAUACAGUUAAAUUUAAUGAUUAA